CUAAUUCAAAGGACCUUCAAAGUCUCUCUCUCUUUUUUUUUUGUUUUACUCCAAAAGAAAGGCAAAAGCUGCAUGUAACCUUUUGGAGAUAUUUGGAUAUGAAAUUUCAGAUCUAUGCGAAAGUUCCUUUAGGCCUUUUUUUUUUAAUCUCUUCUGCUCAUAUGUCGAAUUACCUUUUUGUCCAUAGAGAGUUAUGGCUCCUAUAUAAAUAUGUACUAUCAUCAUUCUCUUAAAACUCUCACAAUACGAUACUUUUAGUAGGAGAUCGUAGAUCCGGGAUGGAGAGAGAAUGCGGGUCGAAGAAGACCUUGUUCAGCGAAGAUGAGCUGCAAAAGAUUAGUGGGGUCAUUGUGGGAGAUGAUUACGUGGAGGUGAUGUGUGGCUGCACGAGCCACCGUUACGGAGACGCCAUUGCUAGGCUUAGGGUUUUCUCAGAUGGAGACCUCCAAAUCACUUGCCAAUGCACUCCCGCUUGCCAUGAAGACAAGUUAUCGCCUGCUGCCUUUGAGAAGCAUUCUGAGAGAGAAACCUCUAGAAACUGGAGGAACAACGUGUGGGUGUUCAUUGAGGGAGACAAAGUUCCGCUUUCAAAGACAGUGCUGCUCAGAUACUACAACCAAACAUUGAAGAAUAACUCCAACGGAUCCAAAGUGACUCAUCGGGAUGAGUUUGUUGGAUGCAGUAGAUGUGGGAAGGAGAGGAGGUUCAGGUUGAGGAGCAGAGGGGAAUGCCGGAAGCACCAUGAUGCCUUGGCUGAGCCCAAUUGGAAGUGCUGCGAUUACCCAUAUCACAAGAUUACAUGUGACGAGGAGGAAGAGAGAGUGAGCAGGAAAGUUUACAAAGGUUGCACUCGUUCUCCGUCUUGCAAAGGCUGCACUUCCUGUGUCUGCUUCGGCUGCAACCUCUGCCGUUUCGCAGAUUGUAACUGCCAGACUUGCCUGGACUUCAUCACCAACACCAAACCCAUUUGACUUCAUUUUUUUACUUGAAAAUUAUUCAGCAAAAACCUUUUUGUAAUUCUUGAAUGAUGGCUGCUGGAUGCGCCUUUUAAUUAUAUAGCUUUGUUUUUGUGGUAACUGGAGAAACCGUGUAGGAUUCAAAAACAAACAGAAAGAGUUGUGAUUUGAAAUGAAAGCAAAAAAAAGUACAUGCCUCUUAAAACCACUUUCAGAGAUGGAAAACACAAAACCAACAAGAGACAAGCAGUGAACGUUAAAGAGUAUGCAAAGUCUUCUCAAAAUCUCUAUGUAAUUACGAACUAGCAGAGCCAAGAAGGAGAGAAAGGUCAGUCAAGCAUGGUGGAAAGAGAUGUAGUAACUAAUGCUGAACAAGGAACUGAUUUGAACAAAAAAAAAAAACUGGUAUCGAGACCAUACAAUUAGAAUGAUCCAAAGCAUAUCAAAAUGCUAAAAUCUUGAUAUGUUUCAAUUAUGAAACGCAAAACAGCUAAGAAUCAUCAUCAAUUGGAGACAUGAUUAGGAAGGGGAUCUCAAAAGUGUUUGAUGCAUCGUAGCAGCAUAUAUAUUAUUUUUAAAAAAAGCAAACAAAGACUGUCAAGAAGUAAUUUUGGUGGCCUUGUUUGAUACAAGACCAGCACGAGAAGGAGAGCUGUCUUGUCUUUUCCGGG